CUGGUUCAUCCCUUCCUCAGAUUCCGGUCUAUCAGCGAGGAGGAACCAUUAUCGCUCGUAAAGAACGUGUUCGCAGAUCAUCUUCCUGCAUGGCGGACGAUCCCUACACCCUCUAUGUGGCAGUGAAUGCACAGAACACCGCGCAAGGAGAUCUCUUUAUCGAUGAUGGUCACACUUUCAACUUUGAGAAGAGAAAGGAAUAUAUCUACAGGAAGUUUGUCUUUGUUAAUAAUUCCCUCACCUCCAGUGCUGAUCCUGUUGGUCACUAUAAGACUGCUGCGUGGAUUGAGAGGAUCCUGGUUCUUGGAGCGAGGAGACCAGUGACUGUUACCAUCAAACUGGCUGAUGGAACUGAAUCGAACUUGAACUUUGAAUAUAACGUAGAGACCUUGGUGCUAACCAUCCGGAAACCAGCUGUGAAUGUGAAUGCUGAGUGGAGCCUGUACCUUCGAUAAUAGUGUUCCGUACACACCUCCCCUCCUCUCCUCUCCCCUCUCUCUGUCAUCUAACAGAGUAGAUGGCUGUUGUCAGCAGCUGUAGGACAAACAUUCUGGGAUUCUGCAACAUCUUUGUCCUUUCAUACUCCUUCACAAUUCUUCUUCCAUUUCUGCUUUCAAAAUUGCAGGAACAAGCUGCUGCCUUGGAGUGACUGCAAACUGUUUCAGCUGCACCACUGCUCGGUGGGGGUGUGUGUGUGUGUGUGUGUCCCUGAUCCAGCUCCAGGGCUAUGUCUGGGGGUUUCCACACUUGCUUGUGCUUGGUCAGUCUCUUCAUGUCUCUCUCCACCUUGUUCUCUCUCUCUCUCUCUGCCUGUGUGCUGUCUCGCUAUCCUCCUCCAUUUAACUCCCAGGUGCUACUCAUUCUGUUCCAGUGUGAAUGUUUUCUCUUUCUCUAUCAUUUGUUCCCCCCUCUGUCUGGCUUUCUCUAUCCAGGAGGCAGUGAACUUUGGUUUUUUGACUUCAGGCAGGAAUCUGUACCUUGACGUGUAAUUACAGCCUGUGCUCCCCGUGGGCUGUGAUUACAGUACAAGUCCUGUGUUUCUCUCCUUUUCUCCCCCCUCCCCCACCAAGAGAAGGCUGUGAUUACAUUGAGUCCUGUGUUCCCCCC